AUGGCCGAUACCGCAGACGCAGCGGCCACCAGCGCCCGAGGUCAACCUCACGACAGACUAUCGUCAAACUCCGACUCCCGUACUCUGCACACCAUGGCGAAGCCCCCCUCGAGCCAAGCCGAUCCUCCGGACGACAUCUCCGUGUCCCAGAAGAUGUUGUCCGCCGUCACGGGAAGCAUCCUCACUUCGCUUUUAGUCACCCCGCUUGACGUAGUCCGCGUCCGUCUCCAAUCGCAACACCAUUCCACCCCUACCUCCACCGCUACUACCCGCCGGACCAUCCCUACCCUCUCGACUCUCCAGCUCCACAAUGCGCGCUUCACCAACAUUCCUCCCAACCUCGGCAUCACCGCCUGCUGUCGCGAAGUCUUCUGGGUCAAUAACAACGCUUCGUACUGUGUCGCCGGUCCCACCGUAAUGCCCACCAUCACCCCCACGAGCGCUGCUUCAUGCGCCGUCGAAGAGACUCAACGCAAGGCCUUCACAUCCACCUUCGACGGUCUUCGCAAGAUUGCCCGCAAUGAAGGAAUUCGUACUCUUUGGCGCGGGCUCUCGCCCACCCUCGUGAUGACCGUUCCCGCCAAUGUCAUCUACUUCGCUGGCUACGACUGGUUGCGCACCGCCUCGACAUCGCCAGUGAAAAACAACUUCGGGGAUUCGACCGCUCCAUUGGUUGCCGGAAGCACCGCCAGAGUCCUUGCCGCCAUUGCCGUAUCUCCCAUUGAGAUGUUCCGGACUCGCAUGCAAGCUACUCAUUCACCCUCGAGUGCAUCUGGCAGUCAUUUCCGCGACACCCUCAAGGGAAUGGGCGACUUGGUCCGUCAAGACGGAUGGAUAAGCUUGUGGCGCGGCCUUGGAUUGACGCUAUGGCGCGAUGUCCCAUUCUCCGCUAUUUACUGGUGGGGCUAUGAGAGUACGCGCAAUGUCAUCACGGAUGAACGCGAGCGAAUGCGUGGUCGUGGCCUUGAGAGAGGUAGGGCUUCUGGUGCCGUCCGAGCUCGGAGCCGGAGCCGGAGCAGGAGUGAAGAGGAUCACACCGAGACCCUCGUCGACAGUUUCGUGGCUGGAGCCACGUCUGGAGCCGUUGCCGCCUUCGUCACUACACCUUUCGACGUUGGCAAGACAAGACAGCAGACUGUCCGACACAGUGGCAGCAAGGGCUCGGCUGGUGGCGUUGUGAACGCAAUUAGACCGGAGGAGCGGUCGAUUCCACGCUUCCUUCUGCACAUAUUCCAGGAGCAAGGUUUGCCAGGCCUCUUCCGUGGUUGGUCGGCUCGGUGCUUGAAGGUUGCACCAGCUUGCGCCAUUAUGAUUUCUACUUAUGAGAUGGGUAAGAAGAUGGCUGGGACGGUCAACGAGCGGAGACACUGA